AUGAGAACACGGCGGCAAAAGAUCUUGGAGGAUCGUCAAGCUGUCGUCGAACGGUUAAUUGCUGGCGAAACCUCACUGCAGAUCCCAGACGAUCUCAUCUUCGAGAUACUCUUGAGAUUGCCUGCUAAAUGUAUAGCCAGAGGUCGAUGUCUAUCGAAGCUCUGGGCUUCCAUACUCGACCGUCAAGAAUUCACGGAUCACUACUUGAAAAGAUCAUCUGCUCGUCCUCAGCUCUUGUUCGCCUUCCAAGACCGCUGCAAGGUGUUCUUCUUUUCCGCACCUCAAGAUGACAACUCGUCUCUGAUAACCGCCAGUUAUCAUAUGAGUUUCCCUGUUAAUCGUGUCAAAGAAAUAUAUAGUCCUAUCAGUGGUUUGGUCUGCGUUAAAGAUGAACGGAUCUUAAAGGGGAUGAAAACUCCAGUGACGGUGUGGGUGAUAUGUAACCCUAGCACGGGACAGUACUUCACUUUACCUAGAAUGAAGACAAGGAAUAAUAAGUGUGAUGUGAGAAGCUUUUUUGGGUAUGAUCCUGUUGAGAAGCAGUUCAAGGUUUUGUCAAUGACGACACUUGCACAUGGCAAAAGAGAUCUGGCCAUCUAUAAGGAGCACCAAGUUCUGACAUUACAAACUGGGAAACUCUCAUGGAGGAUGAUUGAAUGUGACGUACCCCAUCAUCAUGGGAUUAAUUCUAUAUGCAUCAAUGGUGUUUUGUAUUACAAAGCUAAGAACGGAGCUGAUUCUUCUACCUAUGGUAAGGAUAUUAUAGUCACCUUUGAUGUUAGAUCUGAGAAGUUCGGGUUUAUUGAAGUCGACAAACCUUUCAUUCCAGUUCAUACUCUGAUAAACUUCAACGGUAAACUGGCUUCACUUGAAUCUUACUCUUUUAAUAGAAGAAGCCCAAUUCAUUUGUGGGUUCUAGAUGACAUAGAGAAAAAUGAAUGGUCCAAGCAUGUUUACAAACUGCCUGCGUCUUGGGAGGAUGUAGUUGGAGAUGCCGACUUAUACUGUGUUAAAGUGACUGCUUCAAAUGAAGUUGUGUUGUCAGGGUACUAUCAACGCUCUCCUUUCUAUGUUUUCUACUACAGUCUUGAGAAGGAAACUGUCAGAAGAGUUGAAAUCCAAGGAAUGGAAGCGUUUAAGCAUUUCCAAGUUUACACUUUUGUAGACCAUGUAGAAGACGUCAAGCGUAUGAAAGGUGUUUUAGGACUAGCUCUUAAGUGAUAUCUUCUUAAAGUGAAUGAUCACGGCCCAUGUAUUUCCGCUGGUUUUUAUGUUUCUCUUAUCCAUGAUGGUAAUGUAU